CUGGCCCAGGCUGGGUCCAUGGCCGCCCUUGGGACCCUGCACUGAGCCUAAGGCUCUGGCGUCUGGGGCCACGCUGCUCCCAAGGGCCGAGCGUGUGUCGGGAUCCCAAGGACCUACGUGGGGCCGGGUUCUGGCCAAGCGGACAUGAGGCGGAGGCUGCGCCUACGAUGGGACGCGUUGCUCACGCUGCUCCUGGGCGCCACCCUCGGCUUCCUGCUCUAUGCGCAGCGUGAUGGCGUGGCCCCGACAACUAGAGCACCGCGGGCGCAGGGGAGGGCAGCGCCGGGGCCCACCCCCCGGCUUCGUGUAUUCCAGAUACCAGAUGCAGGGGCAGUCCCGCAGGCCUACGAAGAGGAUACACCACCGGAGCCGCCUGCGCCCACCAGAACCUUUGACUUUGGCAGAUACCUGCGUGCCAAGGACCAGCGACACUUCCCCCUGCUCAUUAACGAGCCUCACAAGUGCAGAGGCUAUGGCGCACCCAGCGCGGGACCCGACCUGCUCAUCGCAGUUAAGUCAGUGGUGGCCGAUUUUGAGCGGCGCCAAGCUGUACGCCAGACAUGGGGUACUGAGGGUCGCGUGCAGGGGGCGCUCGUGCGCCGCGUGUUCUUGCUGGGUGUGCCCAGGGGCGCGAGCUACGACUGGGCUGAAGCUGAGGGGGAGGGCAAGCAAACGCACUGGCAAACCCUGCUUCGUGCUGAGAGCCGUGCCUUCGAGGAUAUCUUGCUCUGGGCCUUUGACGAUACUUUCUUUAACUUAACCCUCAAGGAGAUCCACUUUCUGGCCUGGGCCUCAGCCUACUGCCCCGACGUGCGCUUCGUUUUUAAGGGCGACGCCGAUGUGUUCAUGCAUGUGGGAAACCUACUGGAGUUCCUGGCUGCGAGGGACCCAGCACAAGACCUGCUUGCGGGUGACGUGAUCGUGCAGGCGCGGCCAAUCCGGGCACAAGCCAGCAAGUACUACAUUCCUGAGGCUGUGUAUGGCCUACCCGUAUACCCGGCAUACGCGGGUGGCGGCGGCUUCGUGCUUUCCGGGGCCACACUGCGCCGCCUGGCCAGUGCCUGCGCACAGGUUGAGCUCUUCCCAAUCGACGAUGUCUUUCUGGGCAUGUGUCUGCAGCGCCUUCAGCUCACGCCUGAGCCUCACCCUGCUUUCCGCACCUUUGGCAUCCCACAGCCUUCAGCUGCGCCACACCUGCGCACCUUCGACCCCUGCUUUUACCGUGAACUGGUUGUAGUGCAUGGACUGUCGGCUGCUGACAUCUGGCUAAUGUGGCACCUGCUGCACCAUCCACAUGGGCUAGCCUGUGCACAUCCGCGGACUGUCGCCACUGGCCCCUUCCAGUGGGGCCACUAGUAACCUAUCACAGCCUCAAGGUCCCCUCGCUCAGACCCAGGAUGUAGCGGGAGCUUGAAGGGGAGUUUCCCAGGUGGAUUAUUGCAUUUUAUGUGAUUCUUCUCCAAAAAGAGGCAGAAAAAUUCAGGAACCAGCUCUUCAGGGUCUCAUGGAAUGAAGAUUGAGCUUGGUUCCUAUUCUACUGGGAGCUGAUUUGGAACCAUCUAAUGACAACCCUUUAGGAUAGCCAGGGCUGCCCUGGCUGGUUUGGCUCAGCGGUUAGAGCAUUGGUCUGCGGU